UUUACAUAACGUCAAACUUGUCAAUCAUUCACGAUCAUCACCUUCAUCAAAAUUUUCAGUGAUUUCAUAAAAUAAAAUCAUUUCAGACAUUUCAUUCAACAAAAACAUACAAUGUGUGACCCUAAAGAAAUAGUUCAAUAUGAAAAACCUACUGAAUUUGUUGCUGUCGACAUCCAUGCCUUUCCACUUCGACCCCAAUCCCCUCCACCUCCUCCAGUCACUGUGCCAGCACAUCUAAUACCCUUUUUAAAAAAAUAUCCAUAUAACUGGAGACUGGAUCAAUUAUCAAAACAGGUACCAAGAAAACAAACAAGUAAAUACGUAAGCGUUUUUGCUCCCAGGCGUAGAAAAGUAUUUCUUCCAUUACACCCAGCAUCUGUAUUUUACUCAGAUCAAUUGUCUAGGCCACCACUACGGUAUAUAGUGACGAAUAAAGGUCUGUUUCAAAAGAUGGUAGCCAAAAAAAGAAGAAAAUACUUUGACAGGAUUAUUAAAAAAUCGUGGAACUCGGUAUACAAUUACUAUAAGAAAAAGGAAAGAGAUAGACGUAGAAGAAUCUUAAAAUCUAUUAAGGUAGAUCCAAAAAAGAAAAAGAAAGAAAUAGACAUUAAAAGGAUACAAUCACUUGCUCAACCAAAGAAAAUAUUUUUACCACAAAAAAUAGAGUCUAAAAAGAAGAAGAAAACUUGGAAAGAUUGCGUAGAUUGUCCUGUAAAUUUGGAUACGUUAGCAACACCCGUACAUAGACCAACGCAACCAGAAAGAAAACUUGGAUGGGUGAAUCCAGCUGCUUUAACUUAUACUCCAACAGAUAAUACACUCAAGUUGGCUGUCCAUUUUGAAAGAUUUAAAUCCAUAUUGCCCCCUCUGGAAUUGGGAAAAGUUAAUAAAAGUGCUCUUCGAUAUAAAAUAACACCACGAGUAGAAGAACUAGCUAUACCCAAAAAACGCAGUGUGAAGGAAGUGGAAGACUCGGAAUGGGAUCCGUGGGCUAUACCAAAAAACGUUUUAAGAUAUAAGCCUACUCCCAGAAUUCUAGAGUUAGCCAAACCAAAAGAACGAGACUGAAAGAAAAAACAAAGUAUCCAAAGUAUCCUAAGAAAAAAAUGUAACAGAUAGUUUUAGAGUGCAACUGUAUUUUCAUUUUUCAAUAAAUUAUAUGACUAUA